UGUACAUUUUUGAGGUAACAAUCCGAAAGAAAAUUUAAAUACAGAAAUGGCGAAGACGAGUUUAAAUUGUAACGGUGGUAACCGAAGCUUCAGAUGGACUCUAACAGGUGCGUGCGGAGCAUUAUUCUGACUUCUUUAAACGCUGCCAGCCCUUUGUUAAGAUUCUUGACAGGUCCACGCGCCUUUUAAGCCAGUGUACAGUGAAAGUGCAGGCUUAUGUCUGAGUGACUGUUGCGGGGGACAGGGCUCUUGUAGCGAGGCUUUUUCAGCACCACGGGGAGCGACCCUGCCGCUCCUCCAGCCGCCUGCAUAAUUAAUCCAUAAAGAAGUCGUUCAAUCCUCCGCCCAGCCAUCGCGCCAUUGGUUGAGUGCUAAUCUACUUCCUGAUUUGCUGCUGUCAGUCUCGAUCCAAAUAAAUAGUAAUGUACCUGUGCCACCGUGCACAGGUUGCCAACGAGACUACGUUCCAGCUUUAAAGGUCCUGAAGACUGGGACAAACUGAGUGAUUUUUUUUGUUUGUGACACAGGCAUCAAAAGCUCCACGGAUUGUCCGUGUUGUUGUUGUUUUUUUUUACUUUUGAGAUGAAUCUGAACUAUACUUCUCCCGUCCUCCAGAUGCCGGCUCAAAGGUCAACGUCGUUCUUCAUUGAAGAUAUUUUACUACAUAAACCUAAACCUUUGCGAGAGGUGUUUCCCUCGCCCUUUUCAAACUCUCUUGCCUCCCGGAUGCCUCUUAUAGAGUAUGGAUAUCCACUUAUGCCUACGCCGAUACUGGCUCCUCAUCCGCAUCAUCCGUUACACAAACCUGAACACCAUCCGUACUUUUUCACCUCCGGAAUGCAGAUGCCUGCAUUAUUUCAGCAUCAUCCCGAAUUACCAGGGAAGCACUGCAGACGCAGAAAGGCCAGGACAGUAUUCUCAGACUCACAGUUAUCCGGACUCGAGAAAAGGUUCGAGAUCCAGAGAUAUCUGUCCACACCUGAGCGCGUGGAACUGGCCACGGCGCUCAGUCUAUCGGAAACACAGGUAAAGACGUGGUUUCAAAACCGGAGGAUGAAGCAUAAAAAACAACUGAGGAAAACACAAGACGACCAAAAAACCCCAAACGAUGUAGACAGAUCGCUGGAGAACACGAGCGAGAGCGAAAUGCACGAGAAAAGUACAGACGGUAAAAACGGCAUGAGUCCGGACAGAUACACGCUGGAUGACAAUGAAGAUGAUGUCGAUAUUGAAGAUGACAUUUGCUCUCCUGAACAUCUACUCUAGUAUUAUCAUGGACAAAAUUGUGAAUAUUAAUUACAGUCUUUUAGAUAGGAAAUUAUAUAUUGUUUUCUUUCUUUCUUUUCUUUUUUUGAGAGAGAGAGAGAGAGCAUUAGUCUAAUGUUAUAGCCUACUGUUCAAGCGCUUAAGAAAAUUAUGGACAGCUCAAGGACAUUAAAAUGAUGCGUGUCUAUUCAACAUUAUUAUUAUUAUUAUAGUCAUGGCUUUGUGUCUGACGACCCUUUUGUAAAUUUGGAAUGGAUGGUAAGUAACGUAGCCUACUGACAGUCUGUAAAUAGAUUUAUGAUAUGUACUUGAUAAAUAAUCAUUCGAGAUAUGUAACAAUUUUCAUUCCAACUAAAGUGUAACAUUUGACAUUUUCAGCACUUUCGCGGGACGAUGAUAUUUGUUGGCAUGUUGUGGACUGACAUAUUUAUGAACUCUAAAACUGUGACAUAAUGUGUAUAAACAAAUGUACAUUAACUGAAUCAUCUGACAUUUCUUAAAUGAGCUACGUCUUUUUUUUUUUUUUUCCUAAUUCCUAAUUUCCUCAAAUUCAUGAAAGCUGUGGGUUAUCACAAUUCCGAACAGGAGAGAAACGAAUAUACUAAUGGUCCAGAUACAUAACGUCAAUAUUAAUAACAUUAUCAAUAACAACAUAGGAGUAAUAUUAGCCAUAAUAAUAAAUAAAAAAUCACAUGGAAGAUCAAUUGAUUUGUCAAUAAAAACUAAUUGCAUCUAGAUACAGAUGCAUAAUUAAGCUCUGCUCUUUGUUCGUUAUCUUUAACGUUAUUUUCCCGCUUUCUUUAUCAUUUAUACAAACUGGACACAUAGCUAAAUAUAGAUAAAUGGCAAUAACUUACUUUAAGUAUUAGAAUAUGGGGCUCAGUGGUUGGUGUUUUUUUUACUGAAUCAAUCCCUGUUCUGAAAUUAACCUUACAGCAGAGGUCUGAGUCUGAAUGAGCAUUUUUUUUUUGU